AUGAACAACCCAAACAAUGUAGAUCAAGGUGAGUCAACUGUAGCAGGAUUCGAAGUUCCCACAUCACCCGAUUCAAGUUACAACAAUGCCUAUCCUAGUAAUGAAGAGGAAGGGCGAGAACCACCUAUCCUCCCCCCACACCUGCAACACUCCCUGCUGAAUUACCCAACAAACCGAGACCCUUCUGAGUCCCUACCAUCGCCACAGAAUGUGAUUCUAAACCAUCUUUACAUCGAGAACAGAGAAACCCCGCGAACAAUGGUGGCACUUGGGGUCACACAUCGCUUUCGAUCGAAAUUUGUCACCGUUGUGCUUUAUAAACCCGUUCAAAGAAGGGGAAGUAGCAGCACUUGA